AUGUCACAAACAAGUGAAGAAUCUACGAAAAAAGGACACACGUACCUGCAGUGGACAUUCUCUAUAAUAUCAAACAUAGCCUACUUGAAUUACGGGUUGCAAAAUGGUUGGAUUUCACCGUUCGCAAAAAAACUACAGUCAGAAGACUCACCGACCGGGCGACCGUUGACCAGCACUGAGUUUUAUUGGGUAGCUAGUGUAUCAUCACUGGCUGCAAUGUUUGGUGUGUCAGCAUUCGCGGCCUUAGCUGAUGGACUAGGCAGAAAAAUCGGGGUCGUCGCCGUGGCUGCGGUGCAGGCUCUUUGCUGGAUCAUAAAACUGUGUCCUUCAACAACAGUAACUCUGAUAAUUGCGAGAAUCUGUAGCGGCCUGGGAGCUGGUGGAGCUUUCGCGAUAGUCCCAAUGUAUAUAAAAGAAAUUAGCCAGAACAAUAUUAGAGGAACCCUCGGAGUCAUCAUGACAAUAUCUCAGAAUGCUGGAUAUUUGAUAAUGUAUUCGAUGGGAGCAUAUAUGGAGUACUAUACGGUACUAUGGAUAGCGGCUGUUCCGCCGAUAUUGAAUCUGUUGCUGAUGCUAUUCGCGCCAGAAUCUCCUGCGUUCCUAUUGAAAAAAGGAAAAGUCAGUGAAGCUACUGAAGUGAUAGCAGGCUUAAGAGGCUUAAAUAUUGAUGACAAUGUAGUUUUAAAUGAGAUUAAUGAAAUAAGAAAAGAAGACGAUUUUUACAAGUCUAUACCCAAUAUUUCGUUUUUUGGAAUCUUUAAACAGCCAGUAUGGCGUCGUGGAUUUUUAAUAAUGUUCGUAAUAAUUACCACCCAUGGUCUAAACGGCGUAUUUACUAUAGUAACAUAUGCUUCAACGAUCCUGCGAGCCUCUGGAAUAACAUUAAACCCUGAACUGCAGUUAUUAAGUAUACCGACCUUUAUGAUAAUAUCUUCAGCUCUGUCCAUAACGCUUGUGGAAAGAAUGGGAAGAAAGUUCCUUCUAGCAGGUACAUAUAUAGUAUCAGCAUUUGCAUGUGGAACAUUAGCUACGACGUUACUAAUGCAGGAAAAUGGAUUCGCUACACCAGGCUGGUUGCCAAUUGUAGCUAUUGUAGCUACGGUAAGCUGCUAUGCGGCUGGAAUUUUGCCUCUUCCCUUCGUUAUUAUGUCUGAGAUGUUUAACUUCCAAAUCAGAGCAAAAGUGAUGAGUUGCAUAAUAACCACAGGAUGGUUAAUGUCAUUCGUCCAAGCAGCAUCUUUUGGGCCCAUCACGGAAAUUUUAGGCUCCUCUGCGGCCUUUUACUUCUUCGCUUUUAUGAAUUUCUUUGGCGCAGUCGCUGCUCUGUUCUUUUUACCCGAAACAAAGGGUAAAAGCGUGGAAGAAAUUGAAUUUGAAUUAAAAGGAAAGUAG